AACCGGAACAACGUAGAAGUAUAGAUUGCUAAUGCAAGCACGGCUCAGACUCAGUCCUCCAGCAAGCUUCAUUGAGGACUUGUUGAUCCCGAGAAGAGACAAGAGUUGAUCUUUCCAAGUCGACUUACAAAGAAAUACUAGCAAGUGAAGAAAUUCAGGUUUCAAGAGCGAUAUACUUACAUGGGACAAAAAAUGUACACGUGUGUUGCAUUGACCGUCGUUGCUCUAGUAAGCACGAUGCACUUUGGUGUCGAGGCAUGGGGUGGUCUAUUUAAUCGUUUCAGCCCAGAAAUGUUAUCGAAUCUUGGCUACGGUAGUCACGGUGAUCAUAUAGGCAAAUCAGGAUUGUAUCAGCGUCCAUUAUCUACCAGUUAUGGGUAUUCGUAUGACUCUCUAGAAGAAGUUAUACCAUGCUAUGAAAGAAAAUGUACGCUUAACGAGCACUGUUGUCCGGGUUCUAUUUGCAUGAAUGUCGAUGGAGAUGUUGGUCAUUGCGUUUUUGAAUUGGGGCAGAAGCAGGGAGAACUUUGCAGGAAUGAUAACGAUUGCGAAACUGGUUUAAUGUGCGCCGAAAUUGCCGGUAGCGAAACUCGUUCGUGUCAGGUGCCAAUAACUUCCAACAAAUUAUAUAAUGAGGAGUGUAACGUGUCCGGGGAAUGCGAUAUCAGUCGCGGUUUAUGCUGUCAGCUUCAGAGACGUCAUCGACAAACGCCAAGAAAGGUUUGCUCGUAUUUCAAAGAUCCUCUGGUUUGCAUCGGACCAGUUGCAACGGACCAAAUAAAAUCGAUCGUUCAGUAUACUUCUGGCGAAAAACGGAUUACUGGACAGGGAAAUCGUAUCUUUAAACGUUCCCUUAAGGCUCCCUUCGCCUAAAAGCUAUAUUGUUCCUCAUGAACUGGUGAGAAUGAAAGGCGUGUCUAGAUAAAUCGAAUCCCUCUUGUCAUUACACUGAAAAAAAAAAAAAAAAA